GUCACGCAAUUGCAUUAUUAUCGUACAUUUUCGUUAUUGCAAACAAUAAAUAAAAAAAAAAGUUUAUAUGAACUAGUGGCCAAGUUUUUGACAUGUUUUUGACAAACUUUAAAAAGAAGUGAACUUGCGAUCUUGCGAUACCAAAAUAACAAAUCAAAAGUACCAAAAGCUUUGUCAACUGUGAAGUCCGCCCUGUUACUUGUCAACUUUUUUUGCGAUUGCAAUGGCUACGAUGCUUCGAAGUGCUGUUUUAGCUGAACAUAUUCUUUUAAAGAAUGCUACAAAAGUUUUGGGAUCAACGACUUCAAACUGGCAACCCCAAAAACAGCAAACAAGAAACCUCAAUGUCCAUGAACACAUUAGUUAUACUUUAUUGAAGGAUGCUGGUAUUCAAGUUCCAAAAUUUGGAGUUGCUAAAACUAAGCAAGAAGCGAAAAAAAUUGCACAAGAUUUAGCUACUAAAGAUAUUGUACUUAAAGCGCAAGUAUUAGCAGGAGGGCGAGGCAAAGGUCACUUUAAAAAUGGCCUUAAAGGAGGAGUCAGAAUGGUGUAUUCCCCUGAGGAAGCUGAAGACAUUGCUGGUCAAAUGCUUGGUCAAUAUUUAAUCACAAAACAGACAGGUGAAAAAGGACGCAUUUGUAAUGCAGUAAUGGUUACUGAAAGAAAAUUCCCUAGAAAAGAAUUUUACUUUGCUAUUAUGAUGGAACGCGCGUUUUCUGGGCCAGUAAUUAUAGCAUCAUCUCAAGGUGGUGUUAAUAUUGAAGAAGUAGCUGCAGAAAAUCCUAAUGCCAUUUUAUACGAACCAAUUGAUAUAAGUAAAGGUCUGAGCAAGGAACAAGCUGAAAAAGUAGCUGUUAAAGUUGGUUUAAGCUCACAGAAAGAUAAAACUGCAGACAUGCUGUUAAAAAUGUAUGAUUUAUUCUGUAAAAAAGAUGCGCUACUAAUCGAGAUCAACCCUUAUGCUGAAGAUGCAGGAGAAACUUAUUUCUCUCUUGAUGCAAAAUUCCGCUUUGAUGACAACGCAGGUUUUAGACAAAAAGAAUUGUUUGCAUUACGUGAUUGGACUCAAGAAGAUGAAAAGGAAGUAGCUGCGGCCAAAUUUGAUCUUAAUUAUAUUGCUUUAGAUGGAAAUAUUGGUUGCCUUGUUAAUGGAGCUGGAUUAGCAAUGGCUACUAUGGACAUCAUUUCUCUUCAUGGAGGAUCCCCAGCAAAUUUUCUUGAUGUCGGAGGUGGAGCUACUGCACAAGCUGUAAAGGAAGCAUUUAAAAUCAUCACUGCAGAUCCAAAGGUUCACGCAAUUCUUGUGAACAUUUUUGGAGGGAUUAUGAGGUGUGAUGUAAUUGCUGAAGGUAUUAUUGCAGCUGCAAAAGAAUUAAAUCUGAAAAUGCCAAUUGUUUGUCGUCUGCAAGGCACCAAUGUUGAUGAUGCUAAAGUUUUAAUAGCUAGUUCUGGGUUGAAAAUUUUGCCUGUUGAUAAUUUGGAUGAAGCUGCGCGGUUGGUGGUCAAAUUAUCCAAUAUAGUUAGUUUGGCUCGUGAUGCCAAAUUAGACAUUAAUUUUGAAAUUCCAUUGUAAAUGUACAUUAAUAUUAUAUAAAAGUUGACACUGCAAUCAUUGUCCUUCAGUUAUUAUGAAGUGUUAGUGAAUGAUGCACACAUUGAUUUCUGUAAAACUGUGAAAUUAUGCAGUCUGUAUAUUGUUGUAAUUAUUUAUUUAUACACACGUUAACAAUAAAUUAUUCCUAAAUGUUGAA